UAACUAUGACAGUAGUGUCCUUAGAAGUGAAGGAAAGUACAGUUUACUUAUGGAUCAGGUUGCUUUCAGGCAACCAGCUUUCUUCCAUAUAGUUCUGCCAAUAUACCUCAAUCCUGAUGUGUAUUAUGCUUUUUUUGAGGUGUCAGCAUCUCUAGCAGAGGUUUGCUAAAUUUGAGAAUAUAGUGGUGCAGGCAGAUAUGUGAGAGAGGAGUCUCCAAGACUAACAAAUCAGUUAACUUUAUUACAUACUUGUGGUUUGAGAGGGUAGUAGUGAAGAGCCGCUUCACCAAUGCACCAUGUCAGUUAAUGGACUGGGAUUGUGUAUUAAAUCCAUCUCCACCUUUCAUGUAUUGUCAGCCAUCCUAAACUGUGAAGCAGCUGUGGUUUUUUUUUCAUUUGGAGAAGGCCUCGCCCACUGUGGGUCAUCUGGUAAUCCAAAGUAAAAUGAACUUCUCAGCACCUUUGCAAAACACUUGAGAGCAACUUUUUUCUCACAUAAGUGAAAAUAUGGCACAGGUUUUAAUAGUCUCUUGAUUAUUGCCUGUAAGAGGUCUUUGCACUGGUUGGCAUUUUCUGUGAGUGUCGGAUGACUUUCAUGGAUGCUUGAAGGGAAUUGGUUUUUAGAUGUAAACACUUGAACAACUGAAGGACUUGGCUUGUGAAGCUGUUCGUAAGCGCACUCUGAAAUCUCUUUUGGACUGUCCAGGUGCAGUAAAUAAAAACUGAAAUUUUACUGCUAGGGGGAGACAGUUUUUUUUUAUAUUUCAGCCAUGCUCUCAGUGGAAUAUCUUUAGGUUUGUUGCCAAAGAAAUAUUUCUGGUAAGUACAGUACCACAUUAUCUCCUUUGAACUUGCAACCUGUACCAAGAUGGAGAAGCUGGCAGGUUGAUACUGUCAGCUGCUUCCGUAACAGUGACCUUGGGAGGUACUACAGCUACUCGUGACAUAGUGCACAUGACUAAAUUCAUUGGGUGACGGGUUUGACUAUCAGCUGCUUCACUCUGGGAUAGUCAUGUUUUUUUCCUACUAUCUUUGUGUUAACUGUCCAAGUGCAACAUCUGCUGAUACCCCUCUAGAGCAGAGCAGUAUCCUGACAUAGAACAGAUGCUUCCUCAUUGCUGGAGCAUAAGGACAAGUCUCCUAGUGUAUUGGUGCUGAUACUGAAUGUACCGAAUUUCUGAUUCGGAGUAAUAUUGUAGCGGUGUUUCCCAUGAGAAUCCAGAGGUAACAACCAACACCAAAGGGAAAUUGGGGGUGGAGGAGUCUCACUUUUCUUUUUUUUUAUUUUUAAAAGAAGCUUCUUGUCAAAAUUAUAGCAAAUACAUCUUAAAUACAUGGACUAAUACAGCGGUUUUCAAACUGUGGGGUGAACCCCCCUGGGGGGCGUGAAGGAACGUGGAGUGGGGGCCACGGGCAAGACAUUUGCAAGGAGCUGGCACCGCUGCAGCCAUGCAGGAGGAUGCGGGGCCGGGGAGCCUGGGCAGACUCCACCAACUGGUUGCUGUACCUCUGGGAGCCCAGCGUGGUGGCAUGUAGCCUAGAGCUGCCAAGCCAGGUGGCGGAGCAGCCAGCUCUGCUGAGCUGAGUCCUAUUGCAGUGGCUGCUAGGAUGAGGGCUGUCCUGUGCCUGGCUGCACUGCUUCUCCUGAGUGGGGGGGAUGACAGCAGGGGUGGGCAUGAACAAAAUUGUAACUUAAAGCAGGGCUCAGCUGAAAGUUUGAAAACUUCUGGACUAAUACGUGCUUCAACGAUAUGUUCAGCAUGGGCGUUGAUCUCAGAUUCCAGUUUGCAUUUUUGUUAUAAUGCACCUGAUCUGUGUUUGUCCUAACUGGAUUGAAAUUCUGAGGUGUUUUUGUUGGGUUUUUUGUGGGUUUUUUUAAGUGCCUGAGGUUGCCAGUUCAAGACAGAUGAAUUGGUAACACUUGAACAACACCACCACCACUAUGCAGGUGUUAUUAAGAGCUAACUAUUCCUUCCUUCUGUAUACAAAAUUAAACCAAAGUGGAGAAUGAGUUUCCCAAAGUCUCUCUCUUGUAAGUGUUUGAAUGUGACAACUUAUCUGCCACACUACUCAAAUGCACCCAAAAGUUAACUUUAGCGUUAGAAAUAUUUACCUGAUCAUAUCCAAGGUGGGUAUGGGGGGGGGUAGCAAUAUUUUGUAGUUGUAUGCAGAUUACUGUAGUACUUUUUCACUUCUACAAAAAUCCAAUUUCCCUUUGAAAGAACUUGAGGAAAACUCUCUAGCAGUAGGUCACUGUUUUGGAUAAUUAAUUCAUCAAGAAUUCAGAAAAAGGUAACCGUGCAAUGUUUUUAGACGUUACUCAAGCAGGGAGCUGAUGAUGUAAUUCGGGAACUGUAAAGCUACAGAGGAGCCAUAACUGCAGUUGUCUUAAUCUGCAUUAUAAUUAUGUUAAUGGUGCCAUAUGUUAACUUCAUGUUUAUUUCUCUCUCACUUCUCCAAUUCAGUGAUCAUGAAAGGUGCCAGGUUGACAGCCCUGAAAACAGAAGCCCUACUUGUCCACAGAACAGUGUGGUAGAGGCACUAAUGAGGAACCUGCUGAAGUUUUAAUGUGCAUGUUCAUGUUAGUCCGUGCUUAAGCAUUUAGUAGACAGAAUGGCCCAGCAAGCAAAUGUUGGUGAGCUCCUCUCAAUGCUGGAUUCUUCGGUUCUUGACAUGGAAGAUAUAACAGCUGCCUUCAAAGACAACCUCAACUCUGACCGUGGACCUAUGCUUGUGAACAACCUAGUAGAUUAUUUCUUGGAAUCCAAUUCUCAGCAGGCAUUGCACAUCCUGUCCAGCUUGCAAGAGCCUCAUGACAAGCACCUACUGGAUAAAAUUAAUGAAUAUAUGGGCAAAGCUGCUACCCGUUUACCCACUCUCUCACUAUUGGGUCAUGUGAUAAGACGACAGCCAUCUUGGAAACACAAGCUUUCUCAAGCACCUCUCCUACUUUCGUUACUCAAGUGUCUCAAGACUGACACAGAUGUAGUAGUACUCACCACAGGCGUUCUAGUGUUAAUAACAAUGCUGCCAAUGAUUCCACAGUCUGGCAAACAGUACCUGCACGACUUCUUCGUUAUCUUUGGCCGUCUCUCAGCCUGGUGCUUGCAGAAUCCAGGUCACGUUCCAGAGAUCUAUCUUGUACACCUUCAUGCCAGUGUUUAUGCUCUCUUUCACCGCCUUUAUGGAAUGUACCCGUGCAAUUUUGUCUCCUUUCUGCGUUCUUACUACAGUAUGAAGGAAAACCUGGAGACCUUUGAAGAGGUGGUCAAGCCAAUGAUGGAACAUGUGCGAAUUCAUCCAGAAUUAGUGACUGGAUCCAAGGACCAUGAACUGGACCCACGAAGGUGGAAAAGACUAGAAACACAUGAUGUUGUGAUAGAAUGUGCCAAAAUCUCCCUCGACCCAGCAGAAGCCUCAUAUGAAGACGGCUAUUGCUCUGUGUCACGGAAAAUCUGCACACGCUUAAAGCAUCAUCAAACUGACCUCAGUGCCAGCCAUUACAGUGAUACACCGAGCAGCUAUGGGACUUCUACACCUAAUUCCACUCCUCGGCUAACACUAUCACAAAUGCCAGGGCAGCUACCUCGGACUCUGAGCCCACAAUCUAUGCAGCUGUCAACUGAGCCACAGCAGGUUACCAUCUGGAGCCCUUCCAUAACUUGUGGUAUGACCACUCCACCAACUUCCCCUGGAAUGAUUUCAUCAGAGUCCUCGCAAACUUCAUCACAACCUUACAGCAAGUUUUUUGGCACAGCUGCAGGUGGGAAAGGGACUCCACUGGGGACACCGGCCACCUCCCCUCCUCCGUCCUGCAUUUCAGAUGACUUUGUACACGUUUCACCCCCUUCAGCUGCUGCCACGCCUCACAAGAAGGAGGACAAACCGGAUCCUGGGAGGCCUUCGCUGUCCCGACAGCAAAAUGUCAUAAACAGCGAGAAAGCAUUGGAAGCACCUGGCAGUAAAAAUUCUGUACCGUUGAGAGAUCUUCCAGAAUUUUUAGGUGGUCUGGCCUAUGAUGAGGACAGCAUUGAAAAGGACAAAGAAGAAGAUGCAAUUUCAAAAGAAAUCUCUGAGAUCACAACAGAUGCUGAGCCCAUGGUGCCUAGAGGAGGUUUUGACUCUCCAUUCUAUCGAAGUUGUGAGAGUUUACUAGGUUGUCAAAAAAAGCCCCAAUCUAUAGCCUUGGGUGUUCAGGGACACAGUCUAACCUCUGAGCAUUUAACCUCUUCUCUGGACAAACCUGGUCCUGAGGGUACACGAGACACACCUAAACAAGCAUUUACUCCUAUAGACAAGCCGUCUGGAGGCACUGGUGAGAACCCUGCUGGUAACGGGGAAGGCCAAACCUCUGUGGAGACCAGUAUCCUCACUCCUAGCCCUUGCAAAGUACCAGCACAGAGAAGGAUAGAGCUUGGAAGUUGGCAGCCUCCCCAGUACGAGCAUCUUUUUGAGGUUGCAUUACCAAAGACUGCCUACCUCUUUGUCAGCAAGAAAACUGAGGAGCUGUUCAAGAAAGCCAAGGGAAAUCUGGAUGAAGACUGUACGUGUUCCACCUCUCCAGUGGAAGUACUGGAUAGAUUGAUACAACAAGGAGCAGAUGCACAUACCAAGGAGCUCAACAAGUUGCCUUUGCCAAGCAAAUCUGCUGACUGGACCCACUUUGGAGGUUCUCCCCCUUCAGAUGAGAUUCAUACCCUGCGUAACCAGUUGCUUUUGCUGCACAGCCAGUUAUUGUAUGAACGCUUCAAAAGGCAACAGCAUGCCCUUCGGAACCGGCGCCUCCUGCGGAAAGUGAUCAAAGCAACUGCACUAGAGGAACAUAAUGCUGCUAUGAAAGAUCAGCUGAAGCUACAGGAGAAGGAUAUCCAGUUCUUGAAGCUUAGUCUGCAGAAAGAGCAGGCCAGGUACCACCAGUUUCAAGAAGAACAUGAUAAUAUAGUGGCUCAGCUUCACAGCCAGAUCAGACAGCUGCAGCAUGACCGGGAGGAAUUCUUCAAUCAGAGCCAGGAGUUGCAGACCAAGCUGGAGGACUGCCGGAAUAUGAUUGCAGAUUUGAGGUUAGAAUUAAAGAAGGCCAAUAACAAGGUGUGUCACACUGAAUUGCUUCUCAGUCAAGUUUCCCAGAAGCUUUCUAACAGCGAGUCGGUUCAGCAGCAGAUGGAAUUCUUGAAUAGGCAACUUCUGGUCCUUGGGGAAGUCAAUGAGUUGUACUUGGAACAGCUGCAGCACAAGCAUGCGGAUACAACGAAGGAAGUGGAAAUGUUGCAGGUUACUUUUCGGAAAGAACUGGAGAAAGCAAAAUUCUAUGUUCAACAGCAAAGCCAAAGGCUCGAUGCCUCCCAGAAACGGAUAAUUGAAUUGGAGUCUCAGCUUGCAAAGAAAGACCAUCUCUUCUUGGAGCAAAAGAAAUACCUAGAGGAUGUCAAAAUCCAAGCAAGAGGCCAGCUGCAAGCAGUAGAGAGCAGGUACAAGGCCCAGAAAAGAAUUACACAAGCGUUUGAGUUGGAGAUAUUGGAUCUGUAUGGCCGACUAGAGAAGGACAGCCUACUGAGAAUGAGAAAACUUGAUGAAAAUGCAGAAGCAGCGGAAGUAGCAGAAGAAAGGCCAGAUUGUGGGAAUGAAGGUUGUGCUGACCCUGUGGCAGGGUACAGUGAAGAAGCAGUUGGCAGAAAUGGAGAGACCAAACCUCCCAGCACCCAUGGUAGCAACAACAGUAAAGGUGGCAGCAGCAGUGAGUUGUCCACGCCAGAGAAGCCCCAAAACCAGAGAUUGGGGUCGUUCGGCAGUCGCUGGGAAACAACCGUGUCACUGGAGCCCUCCACUAGUGUCCCAUUAACUGUAGGCUCGCUCCCCAGCUCCAAAAGCUUCCUUGGAAUGAAGGCACGUGAAUUAUUCCGCAACAAGAGUGAGAGCCAGUGUGAUGGGGAGGGGGCAGUGAUCAUCAAUAGCCUUUCCGAUACUCUAAAGACUGAACUCUGUAAAGAUCCAAGCAUGGAGGUAAAGACUCUGCCAGGCCCCGAGAACCCCAGUCCCUCGUUGAAGAACCAGGAAAGCAGUGUUGGACAGCUUCAUAUCAUGGACUAUAAUGAAACUCAUCAUGACCACAGUUAAAAAGGAAGAUAGUCAAUCAGUGUUAUUUUCAUAUUCUUGGCAUAGAACAGGAGGUGUGAAUGCAAGUUUAACUAAAAGCUUUUCUGUUUCGUGGGUCUGAGCGGCUAGCUCGUGCAGCGGAAACAGGAUUAACGUCCAUUAAAAGAAAAUACCUACCAAAUGAUUGCAAAAUGGAUUUGGGGUCUGGAAUUGUAAUGCCCAGCCUAACUUUUGCUUCUCUCCUCAAAUCCAAUCUUUAGCAGCUUGUACUAAUUUGAAGGGACAACUGUUAGCAUUUGCAGGUGUGUUUUUGUUUUUUGUUUUCUUGUUUUGUGGGAGAGGUUCCCCCUUUCUCCUCUCUCUCCCUACCUCCACCCCCAUUCCUCCCCGCUUCUUUCCUUCCCAGUGAGUGGCUGCAUCCUAUGAACUUGAGUGCAAUAUGAGGCCAAAUUAACAUGUAACCAUCUUCAUAUUAAUGCUUUGUUUUUUCUCAGCUAGUUUUCGGUUAGAGCAGCUCACUGUGCUGCCCUUGCAGGUGAUAUUUGGCUACUUUUCUCCUAGAAAGGAGUAAAAACCAAUUUUUAGUGCACUCAUCGGACAGUCUUUUAUUUGGCUCCAUUUUCCCCUCUGCUCCCCCAUACCCGAACCUUCAUUUUUAUGUUGGACUCUGGUCAAAGAACAGACUGGUUAAAGAACAGUGCAUAGCUGCAAAAUCCUGCAUUCACCCUAGUUCAUAACCAUUAUUUUUGCUGUCCUUAAUAUUUCCUGGAAACAUAUGUGAACCAAGAUUUGGUGGGGUCGGGGAGAGUUUCAGUUUCUUUUGAGGGUUGUUUCCUGUCACUCCCCAAGGAACCGAAGGUUGUAAUGCAGAGGCAAUUGCGUUGUUUUUUUUUUUUCUUUUGCUGUAGUCUGUUAACUCUCUUCUGGGGCGGGAGGGUUUUGUGUUCGGUGUUUAAUUGACACUGGUACUGACCUGACCAGUUGUGAGAGCUGAACACGCGAGGGAGAGGGUUUUGGGGUGGCCCCAAGGAGGACAGCCUGUAGAGAUUGUGUGCAAAGCAAUGGGUUCACUAACUUUCAGAAACAGCAUUUCUCAAAGCUGGGAGAUUCUUGUGCUGUCUUGCCUCUUUUGAUCAUGGUCUUUGUGCCCAGCCUACCAAGACCAUCACAUCCUGCAUCUAAGAAUCUCUGCUUUCUUUCCCAGGAGUAGCUUUUCCAAGCCUGAGUCAAGAACCAUUAGACAGAUGCCAAAGGAUGUGUUGCCCUCUCUACCUCCUGUGCUCUUGCUCCCUUUGCUGCAGGGGUUCUUUCAGUUCUACCUGUGUCCACCCAACUCUCUCCCUGUCUCUUAGGUACCCUUCCCCCUUCCACUGUCCCUGAGAGAUUGUGCGCUGCCUCUCCAGUGGAUGUGGCUGAAAGUGAAGUCCAGAAUCCCAUCCUGCAGCCUUUCUGUGUUUGUUACUCCUUUUGAAGCCAGUGGAAGAGUUUCACAUGCAGAAGGGCUGUGGGACCAGGCAUUAUGGCAUGGAUCAGACUUGACUUGUCUUUUUGGCAGAAGAGAAUCUUUUAUUGGGAAAGCUAAAAGCCCGGAUUUGUCUGGGGCAAGGAUCACUUAGUCUGUAAUGUGAAUCCUGUCAGGCUUCUGAACUGCACUGCAUCAGUGUUCUACUUUGUAGAUCUAGUUUUUCUUAAAUGCUUAAUGUGGACAGCAGGUGUUUUUAAGACUCUUCCCUCCCUCCCCUCCCCAUAAAAAUAAUGUCACUUGUCUUAGUGUUAGUAGCUUAACCCCUUCUUAACCUCUAAAUAGGGACAGAACCUGUCAAGGAAGGCUGGCAUUCUGCUAGCUUGAGAAACAGAGCUGCUUUCUUCCUGUGACCCUGACAGUACCUCCUUUGUGUUUCCACCUCUCCCAGAACUCCUAGGUCUAAAAUACAUUUCAGCCUCUCUGACAUUAACAUUAUACUGAAUGCCCUACUCAGUGAGUCAGUCCUAACUCUGAAAGUGAAGGUGAAUUUCAGUGGCAGUGUCAAAGCGCGAAUGUGUGUGGAACAGAAAAUAGAGGUCCGUGGUACGUGACAGACUAGUUCUGCUGACAAGUCUGUAGACUAAGAUUGCAUGAUUGCUGCAGUAGAAAAGGAUUCUAUGCAGAUUUGGAGGCUUUCUCCCCCUCGCCCCUACCAAGUUCUGGUCCCUGAAAAGCAAAUGGUUUGCACAUGGCCCUUGAAAGGGCUGGCUCAGCAACUGGAUGCAGUUUUUACAGGAAUCCACUAGACCAUCCUUUCAAUUCUCAGAGUGCUUGUGGACUAGGCUGCUACAUGGCGAUUCACUUUUUGGUUGCAGGGCUGUUUUUGUUGUGUAGUAGCAAAACUGUCCUUGCGUUCCCAUAAGCUCAUCAGUCGGUGGCCCUUUUGUAUUUUAAAAGGGUUUUAACACUGGCAUGGUAUUGGAAACCACUUUUAUGGUUUAUCUAUGGACCACAGAGAUUAUGGAGGAACAAAUUUUUGCCAUUGUUUUGUAAAUCUAAAAUCAUGGAUCUGCUGUAUGUAGUUAACUUGCAGUUUGUUUAAAGGGAUCCCAUCAGUGAAGUGGAAACAGAUUUUUUUUUUUUUUAACUGAUUGCUUUUAGUUAAAUCUAAAGAUGCUGUCAUUGUCGAAAGUUGAUCUGUUCCCUGCCUCGCUCUUUGUAAGCAUGUUAAACAAUCCACAUUAAAUGCCAUAAAUAUGAAAUGCAAGGAAAAAUGGUACAAUCUAAGCUAAAGAGAACCUAAACCAAAAGGAGGUUUUGCUGUCCUUAUUAGAAUGUUCUAAAAUGUCAAGGCAGUUGCUUGUGUUUAACUGUGAACAAAUAAAAAUGUAUUGUUUUGCACUA